ACUGGACUGAGCACACCUGUACCGCUCUCUGUAUUUUUUUUACGCGUACACAAUGACGGCUGAAACGUAUGGACACCGUAUGUUGUAUACUGAAAAAGACAUGUUUGCGACUGACGUAAUUAUGGAGUACGCGACCGAAGACUGUUAUUUAUCCUGGCCGAGGUCCCCUGACUCGGGGAGAUCCAGUUUGGAGCCCACACCCUCGAUCGACGGCAGCAUCAACCAAGAUUCCACUCACAUCGCGUACAGAGGAUUGUCGGAAGAUAUCAUACUCGAGGACAGUGCUGAAGACGCGGAAUUAGAAGGCUCGGGCAAGAGGAGGGGACGGGCGACUAGUGCCGCCGUGUUGAGGAGACGACGGUUAGCGGCCAACGCUCGUGAGAGAAGGAGAAUGCAGAAUUUGAACAAGGCGUUUGAUAGACUACGCGGACACCUGCCGUCUUUGGGCGCCGAUCGUCAAUUGUCCAAAUACGAAACCCUCCAAAUGGCUCAGACAUACAUAGCUGCUCUGUACGAACUCCUGCAGUAGAAUUAGGUAUGUGAAUCACGUUAAUAGUGUCAAAGUUUAGAUUUAUUGUAUGUAUGUGUAUGAAAAAAGUAUUUGCCAAAUUAUCUAGAGUUGCCAUUACAAAUUUCAUGAGAUUUUCCAUUAAAGUAUUGUUAGUGAAUUUUGUAUAACUAUACCAUAGAUCGUAGCCAGCACAGCGACUAGGAAUUAUAAAUACAGGGAUAUUUAUUAUAGUACCGUGAAAUAAUCAUAGUGUUACCAAGUAGUGUUAAUCUUGUCUUUGAGAGAUUUGAUAAAUGAUAUUAACUUGUUCUACGUCUCGUGUUACAGUGUAGUGUUACAGUAAGAUUUUACGUUUAUAUAUAUAUUGAUUGUAUUAAAUUCUUAAUUUUAACAUUCUUUGAACAGUAUAAUCCGUCCUGCCGAAUAAAUUUAGCGUAAGUUUCACGUCUUGCCUGUGUAAGUAUUAUUUUCAAGUUGUGUUAUGUGCUAGUUAAGGACUCGCGCCAGUAUUAUUGUUAGUAAGUGCUAUUAGAUAGUAGAA